UUAGGUCUAACUCAACUGUUUUAUUACUCAACUAAAAUGUCCACGUUCAAUAAAAUAAAAAUAAAUACUUACAGACCCCACCACCAACCACAUUCAUCGCAACUGAUCAAGCCGCCACUUGUCUAUAAUGAGUUUCACGUCCUAUUCCUAUCUCUCCAAUCACAAUCCCUUGAGGUGGCACGACGCACUCUCUUACUCAAAACAGCCGCCUAUCUCCUUCGUUCAGACUUCUUCAGAACAUCAACUUUGACCUAUUCCAUUUUUUCAACGGUCAAACUUUUCCAUUCCCUCUGUUUUGAAGAAGCUACUUAAAUAGAGUUGUUACGUAAUCUGGUAUCUCACUCACCCACACCUCACUUCCCCUUUACAUAUCGCUAAAAUUCACCUGCUCCUUCGUCCUCAUCACAAUCGUCCUCAACUCAUUCUGUCAUCUCCAAUGGCUUCAUCACCUUCUUCACUGAGUCCUCAUUUCUCAUUUCCAAACCAGUUUAUGAUGAAUUCUUCAUUUUCUGAUCUUUUAACUAAAGACGAUGAAUCUGUGAAACAAGGGUUGUUGUUUAACGAACAGAUUGAAUUUGGGUUUAAAUCGAAAUUCAAGUCGAAUUCUCCUCCUUCGUUACCUAUUGGUGGUUGCCCUUCUCCUUCUUUUUUCAAUUUUCCUUCUGGGUUUUUGGAUUCCCCUGUUCUUCUUUCUUCUAAUAAUUAUCUUCUUCCAUCACCAACUACUGGAGCAUUUCCAGCUCAAGAGCAGUUCAAUUGGAUGGGUAGUUCAAAUUCAAGUAACAAUUAUCAAAAAGAAAUUAAACAAGAAGAAGAGAAGAAAAUCACUGAUUUUUCGUUCCGGCCAUCGGUCACCGACACUCCGUUACAAAGUGGAGAUUCAGAGUCUGAUUAUAAGCAUUACCCACACCAACCAAUUCAGACACUAAGAGAACAGAAACGAUCAGAAGAUGGGUAUAAUUGGAGGAAAUAUGGUCAAAAACAAGUUAAAGGGAGCGAAGAUCCGAGAAGUUAUUAUAAAUGUACUUAUCAGAAUUGUCCAAUGAAGAAGAAAGUUGAAAUAUCAUUUGAUGGAAAAGUUACUGAUGUUGUUUACAAACCAAGUAAAGAUAGUCAUAAUCAUCCUAAACCUCAACCAUCUAAGAAAUCAUUAGCUUCUGCUGCUUCUCAAUUAGUUCAGCAACCUUCUGUUUCUUCUAAUUCCUAUUCACAAACUGUGUCAGUUUCCACACAAGAUAAUAAUUCCUCCACUUCGGUUGACGACGACGAAUUCGAUAAUACUUCUCUUAAAAGGAGUAAAUCAGGAACUACCGGUGACUUGGACGAAAGCGAACCCAAAUCUAAAAAAUGGAAAAAUGAAGGAGAAAAUGAGGUAUUGUCUGGGUAUGGGAAUAGCAGAGUUGUGAAAGAACCAAAAGUUGUUGUUCAAACAACAAGCGACAUUGAUAUUCUUGACGAUGGGUUCAGAUGGAGGAAAUAUGGACAGAAAGUAGUGAAAGGAAAUCCUAAUCCAAGAAGUUACUACAAGUGUACGAGUUUAGGGUGCGCUGUCCGUAAACAUGUCGAGCGCGCAGCUAACAAUAUAAGAUCAGUAAUCACAACAUACGAAGGUAAGCAUAACCAUGAUAUUCCUGCUGCUAGGGGUAGUUACAGACAUUCAUCCAACAACAACACCAGCAGCAGCAUUACCAAUGUUGCAAUGUCUACCAGUAGUAAUGAACAGGUGCCAUAUACACUAGAAAUGAUGCAGAAUUCGGAGAAUUACGAAUAUGGUUCAUACAUGAAUCAACAACAUAAUUUAGAGAACACAUUUUCGGAGACUAAAUCAGAACCGAUGAAAGAUGAUGUGCUUCUGGAGUUGUUAUACUAAAUGUGCCUAGCUAUCGUGAAAGAUAUAGCUGUGUGUAUAUACUAAUAAACAGUUGUGGAGUAUGGAAUUUUGUAACUUGAUAUCAAGAAGGAAGAAAUUAGUGUUUUUGUUAUUGAUCGGAUCGGACUGUAGGAGUUGCUACGAUUCAGGUCGUCGUAGGUAUCAGAUUCAAAUAUGUUGUAGCGUACAUGUAAGCUCUGGACAACCUUAAGUCCUUGGUUUUAUGAUAUGGAAUUCUUAUUUAUUUGAUACACCUGCAAA